CCAGCAAGAGGUGGACAGCCCUGGUGCUGGUUUGGAUUUCCUCCAUGCUCUUAUCUAGAAGCCAUAUGGUGUCUGAGGAGCCACGACACUUAGUCACAACCAAGAUGUGGCCUAAGGCGGUAAAGCAAAGGAUGCCUAGGGACACAGAUCUAAGGGCUGAUAAACCAACCGAGAGAACAGCCACAGUGCUGCCUGCUUCUGUCACAUCGACCACAGGGACCUAGGCAGCCAGCCUGAACUCUACCAAUGUGACAGCGGAGAUGACAACACACUGGACUAACAGGAGCACUCCAACAACCAGAGAGGACACUACGGACAGUGUGACCUCCAGGACUCUUGUACCACCUUCAUCAUCAGGCCCCUCGUCUGUGGGGCAGACUCUACCUAUCACCACUGCUGGGCUUUCCUCUCUCAGCACACCACGUGCGGAAGUGCCAAGUACAAAAGCCAGGACAUCACCAAGAACAGCCACAGUGGCAGUAGUGGCCCCACACACCAUGACUGUUGCUACAGGCACCAUAAACACAAGCAGUCCUACAAGGACUCCAAGUCCUAUCAAAAGCACACCUGCUAACACAUCCACCAUGAACCCCACACCCACCUCAGGUGCCCCGACACAAGGUACCACCGUCCAGGUGACAACAGGACAGCCAGUGCCUAGCACAGGGAGAUCAACACCUAGUCCUUUAAAUACCACCCUGGAGCCCACCACCACCCGCCCUGUGACUUCAGUGUCCUCUACAGUAGUGACCACCACCCAGAUACAAACCAAGGAGCCAACUGCCAGUACAGUGCCAGUGCCUCCCACCAGCCUGACCCCUGAAGUAGAAGCCACAUCCCCCACCACACAGCCAAGCCCUGCAUUACCUACCCAAGGGACAGGUGGGCCAGGCACACCGUUGACAACAGAGCGGGUGGAGACCAAAGCCACAGCUGGUACUGCCUCUGCUGGGCCGACACCCAGGAGCUCCAGGGAUCCUAAGGUGCCAACCGAAGACUCAUGUCAUCUCACCAACCAAGGCCAGUGCCUAGUGGUCACCACUGAGCCCCAGACCCCAUCCUUGGUGAACAAAAUGUUACUUCUGGCGGUACUCGCUCUUGGGGUGACCCUGUUCAUUGCAGUCCUGGUGAUGUUUGCCCUGCAAGCCUGUGAGAGCUACAAGAAGAAGGACUACACGCAGGUGGACUACCUGAUCAAUGGCACGUAUGCUGACUCGGAGAUGUGAGGGCCCCAGGAGGCCGGCCUCUUCCAUGGCCUUCUGUUUUGCCUCAGACGAACCAAGUGCUUCCAGAUCCUUUCGGUGCAAUUUCAGAGCUGUGCCACAUAAGUAGACACACUUAAUUGAUGUCAGAUAAACCCCAUGAUCAGGAGAGAGCUGCCUUUUCAUAGUUAUUUUUUUAAACGAUCACAUAUGCAAGAGUGGCCAGGGUGAGGGGGCCUGGCCCUCUUGGCCCACCGUGUGUGAAAUCUUGACCAGAAUUAAAAGCACUGACCGCUCUCAACAACAACAAAAAACAAACAAACAAACAAACAAAAACCAGCUGUAUCUACAAAUGGCAGGUCUACAAUUAUUUUCAUUACCUGUCUUCAAAAAUGAUCAUGUCGGACCUUCAAAGAUGUUUGCAGAAAAAAAAAUACUAACAAAAUGUAUAGUAGAAAACAAUAAUGAAUACCCAAGUGGGGUUCUUUUAAAGUAUUGUCACAUUAACAUUCAUUCCUAAUUUACACAUUUAGUGUAUGACAACAGGUACAAUAAUGACAAAGAGGCAGAUGUCUGAGUUAAAGUAUAAUAUGUUUUCCCCUUAAAAUGAAAAUUUGCCUCUAAAUUUCAUCACACUUUGAAGCUUCUUUCUUCCCAUAUCAGCUGGUGAAAUAUUAAUAGGAAAUUAAGAAAGGUGAGCUUGGAAGAAAAGGUUAUUAUAACCAACCCCAAAUCAUUUCCCUCUUAUAGUAGAGAAAACACAGGUAAGUCAACAAUCUGUCAUGCUCUCAGAUGGAGGCUGGACCCAACCAAAUGAACAUGGCUUGUGUGGAUUCAGCUGAUAAUAAAACUCAUAACUGAAUUCCUCAGUCACUACUACUGAUAAAUAGUACAAACAUCAUGGAGACAAAAGUUCAAAUAUUCUCUUGAUCUUUAAAUUACUCUCUAUUAUAGAACCCCUAAUAAGAGCUGACAGAACACAGGAACUCUGUUGAAUCCAUUUAGGAUGUCUGCUUUGGAACUGAGAGGUCUCUGAUAUUUUUCUAUACAUCUAUGUAAUAAACCAUUCCAAACUUAAUGAUUUGGGUUGCCUUGGAUUGCCUAGAUUAUUACUUUUCUUUUGGUUUGGUUUUCCUCUCUCUUCCUUCAUUUCCUUUCUUCACUGGACAGUUUGUGUUUGGGGUCUCUUGUUGUGAUGGUAGUCACCUGGUAGCCAGAGAAGGGUCACAUGAGUUCCUUCAUGCACCAGUCUGGCUA